CUGUACGGUUGUCCAAUUGCUUAAUCUUUGAAAAAGAGACAUCAGAUCGCAGAGCUCUUGCUGUCACGGGAGAAAGUGAAAGAAACGACAGAUGUUAUACCAUAAAGAAGAGGCGAGGUCGGUCGACCUCGUUCAUCACCAAAAUCACCCACACACAAACGACCACCAUUACCACCAGGUGAGCAUUAAACUUAACUGUGAACUGUUAAUACCCCCGUUCGGACACUAUACCGCUAGCUGUAGCGGUGUCCCAAAACUGGACAUUUAAUGGUAGUUUUAUUCUAACACAUAAUCAGCUUCCCGCCAGUAAGCAAUGUAUUUUUAAUAAUAAAUCUAUCCAUGUAUCGCUUAAGCCGGUUACAGAUGAGCAAUGUUUCUGUGACAAGUUUUUAUGUGACAAGUUUUAUUUGCUCGUCUGUACGCGCAACUUUGACAAUUUUUUCUAUGACAAGUGCACCCGUUCAAAAGCUAGCAUGCUAGCUUUUGAACAAGUGCACUUGUCAUAGAAAAAGUUGUCAAAGUACAAAUUUUGUUCAUCUGUAUGGGUCAACAAAGAAAAUUUGUCAAAGUAAUCUGAGCAUUUGAUGUGAUUGGCCAGCGGACUAUUAUAUUUUUUCUGUGAUGGCGGCGAUAAACACGACAUGUUUUUCUGACACGUUCACACCAGUAAAUGUGAAAUUGUCAUAUGAAAACUUGUCAUAUAAAAUUUGUUGCAUAUACACACAUGCACUUGGCAAAUAAAACUUGUCACAUAAAAACUUGUCAUAGAAAACUUGCUCGUCUGUAACUGGCUUAUGUAAACACUGAUUCAUUUCCCUCAGGUGUGACGGAAGAAGAUUGCGUGGUAUUCAAGAAAGCGCAAGAAAACGCAAGCAGCGAAAUGGGUGUUCACCUGUUGCUGACCCAGGAUCCAAUUCGCGCUCACCACUAUUCAGUUCGGACCUUAUGAGAUUACCACUAAACUAAGCAACUUUAUUUAUACUGGAUAGCUCUAUCAGUUCUAAACUGUUCUUCCUAGAGGUCCAGUAAGAAUCACGUAUUGAUCCAGUGUUACAACAGGAGGAAACCUAACGAAAUCAUAUUUAUACUGGAUAGCUCUAUCAGUUCCAAACUGUUCUUCCUAAAGGUCCAGUAAGAAUCACGUAUUGAUCCAGUGUUACAACAGGAGGAAACCUAACGAAAUCACAUUUAUACUGGAUAGCUCUAUCAGUUGUAAACUGUUCUUCCUAAAGGUCCAGUAAGAAUCACUUAUUUAUCAAGUGUUACAACAGGAGGAAACCUAACGAAAUGAUAUUUAUACUGGAUAGCUCUAUCAGUUCCAAACUGUUCUUCCUAAAGGUCCAGUAAGAAUCACUUAUUGAUCAAGUGUUACAACAGGAGGAAACCUAACGAAAUCACAUUUAUACUGGAUAGCUCUAUCAGUUCUAAACUGUUCUUCCUAAAGGUCCAGUAAGAAUCACUUAUUUAUCAAGUGUUACAACAGGAGGAAACCUAACGAAAUCAUAUUUAUACUGGAUAGCUCUAUCAGUUCCAAACUGUUUUCCAUAGAGGUCCAGUAAGUGUCUUUCCUUUUUGUUCCAGUGUUAUCACAGGCGGAAACUUGAGUAUCAGAAGAAAGUCUUUGGCGUUUGAUAGAGCCGUUUGUUUUACUCGCGUUAUUUUGACAUUUCAGACAAAGUGUGGAUGGUUCUACCCCCCUGCUAAUGAAAUUUACCGCCAUGUUUGAGGUUGACGGAGCAGUGAACAAGGUGAGAAAAGGCCUGGGAACGUAACAUCCCAAAGUAAAGUUAUAAUGAAACAUGAACAAUUGGCUGAUCUUUGAAUGUGAGGGAUUCAUUAUUCCUUCAUGUCUAGCAUUCAGCCUAAAUCAAACAUCGAGCUGUGUUUGGUUAGUUGGUCUGAUUCCAGUGAAGAUCUAACUCUAGGAUACAGCCACAUUUAAUAUCGAUGGAAAUAUAUUUUAAUAACAAAUACAGUAUAUCGUUAGCUCUUUCAGUUCUAAACUGUUCUCCCUAGAGGUCCAAUAAGGGUCAUCUCGAAUUGAUCCAGUGUUACUACAGGACGAAAUCUAAACUAAGUACUAUUUAAAGCACGCGUAGGAGUGUUUUAUCAGAUAUAAAACGCGAGGCGCAGCCGAGCGUUUUAUAUCUGAUAAAACACGACUACAAGUGUUUUAAAUGGCUUAAAAAACGACCCAUCUUCUGAUGAGUACAUUAGCGAAGUAAUUUUCAAAAUAAACCUUGUCUAAACCGAGAAAAUUAAAGCUAAAGUUUAUAUAAAUUAACAUGAUUUUUUAUCACAUAUAAUGAUACGACACGCUUAUGAUUUUUCUUUGUGUUUUCCUCCUGAAUUAUUAAUGAGUUUUUUAAGUACUAUUUAUACUACGUGGAUAGCUCUAUCAGUUCUAGACUGUUCUUCCUAGAGGUCCAGCAAGGGUCAUCUCUUAUUGACCCAGUUUUACUACAGGAGGAAACCUAAACUAACUUUAUUUAUACUGCAUGGAUAGCUCUAUCAGUUCUAGACUGUUCUUCCUAGAGGUCCAGCAAGGGUCAUCUCUUAUUGACCCAGUUUUACUACAGGACGAAAUCUAAACUAACUUUAUUUAUACUGCAUGGAUAGCUCUAUCAGUUCUAGACUGUUCUUUCUAGAGGUCCAGCAAGGGUCAUCUCUUAUUGAUCCAGUUUUACUACAGGAGGAAACCUAAACUAAAGUAACUUGAUUUAAACUGCAUAGCUUUAUCAGUUCUCUUGGUGGUGAAAUUGUAUAUGGUCUCACAAUGUUUUGUAUUUAUCGUUUCUUUUGUAAAGAUUUACUGCCAAAACCUGUGUCUGUUGGCCUGGAUCACAAAACUCUUUAUUAUGACGUCGAGCCGUUGCUAUUCUAUGUGUUGA